UGAAGCAUACUUUCAAAAAGAGAAUUGAAUCCCAAACAGAAGAGAAAAAGAAGGGAGAAUUGAGGAAGAGUUAAUCUAGAGAUGAAGGAGCCGUUAAGAAGAACGAAAGUGGUGAUAAGGCAUCUGCCACCUUCACUUACCCAAUCCUCUUUCUUCUCUCAAAUCGACGAUCGUUUCUCUGAUCGUUACAAUUGGUUCUCCUUCCGUCUCGGCAAGUGCACCCAUAAGCAUCAGCGAUACUCUCGAGCCUAUAUAAACUUCAAGAGGCCAGAAGAUGUCUUCGAUUUUUCUGAGUUCUUCGGUGGGCAUGUAUUUGUCAAUGAGAAGGGUACUCAAUUUAAAGCCGUUGUUGAAUAUGCUCCUUCACAGCAUGUUCCAAAGCCAGGCACUAAAAAGGAUGCUCGUGAAGGGACCAUUUUCAAAGACCCUGAUUAUCUGGAGUUCCUCAAAAUGAUUGCUAAACCUGUUGAAAAUCUUCCCAGUGCUGAACUUCAGUUGGAAAGAAAAGAAGCAGAACUAUCUGGCACUCCCAAAGGAACCCCUGUCAUUACUCCACUAAUGGAAUUUGUACGUCGAAGACGAGCUGCUGAGAGUGGAGCUCAGGGUUCAAUCACUGUAAGAAAGACUGGAAAAAAAGCUGCUGCUGCAUCUAGAGGCAAGCCUGGAUCAAGUAGCAAACGUGGCUCUGAGAAGAAAAAGUAUAUUCUAAAAGAUGGUGCAAAAGGUGCAAAGAAGUCCAAUUCUUUGGUAGCAUCUGAGAAAGAGGAUCAAUCGGUGACUUCUGCUGCAAAUGAAAUUAGAGAGAAUGGAACUGUCUGUGGCAUUGAUGGUCCUGUAACUGGAAUCAAAUUUUCUGCUGAUUCUGGGAAGAAAAAGAUUCUUCUCCUAAAACCAAAAGAUCGAAAGGCUCCUCGGGCGUCGGAGGGUGAACCUGAACUGCAGGGUGCAUCAUCUCCUGUAGCAACUUCAUCUGGUUCAACUGCUCUGAGACAAUGUCAGCGAUGUGAGGAUGGUGGAAUGUUGAUAAGGAACAUACUUUUGAGUAAUGAAUCGAGCCAAAAUCGAUCUUCUGCAGCGGUCCAGCCUCAGCAGAAAAAUGAAACUAUGAGACCUCCCCGGGCCAUGAAUGCACGAUUGGGUUCUGGAAGCGAGAAGCGUGAAAAACGUACAAGAAAUAAGGAUAGACCUGAUCGUGGUGUAUGGGCCCCUCUUCUUCGUUCUGAAGUUCCACAAGAUAGCGAGGAGCACCUGACACCCUCUGUGUCACAAUAUGCCCAGCCCACUCGUAAUCCUCAAGUUAUCCAAGGAGAAAUGAAAGGCGACAUACCUAAUGGAAGCAGUGGACAUAACAUUCCGUCAGAAAAUGGUUCCUGUAGACAUUUUGCUCAGCAUCCCACAACCUAUAAUACUAAGGAUGAUGGGUCUGUUACAUUGAGGGACGGCAAGUCUUCCAAAAGUGGAUCUACUAGCUCAUUCCAUGAGAAACAAGUUUGGGUUCAGAAGUCAACUUCAGGAUCUUAGAAAAUCCAACUAAACUGGCUUUGAACCACAACCUUUUCUACCCUGUUUUUGGGUUUGCAUCUUCUCUCAUGUUGCUAUGGCUUGCAAUAUCUGUUCGCCUUAUUGGGUUCGUAAUCACUGUAUUCUCCUUAAUAUGUUCUUGAAUAGUCCUUACCUGGCACUAGAUACUCUUAUUACAUUGUUAAGGGCAAGCAUCGGCGAGCAAUCGGGUUGGAAGUAUUUCCAUGUAGUCUACAUUUGUAAAGAACCGACUGGAUCAAACAUGCUCUGAUAAAAUCAGUGUUGUUCCCGGAAGCGGAGAUCGUGCUGGACUGUCAUGAUUUUUUUUUCUUAUGUUCUUGAAUGAUCCAAGGUGCUUAGUUUACUUGAAUCAUAUGAGUCUUAGCAAUAGUUGUUUCUUCCAUUGAUGGAAUAUUUUGUAUUUUUCAUAUGUUGCAUUUACAUCUUCUGUCUGUGAACAAUGCUUCUGCCUCUAAUAAUAAUA